GACUUAAGUGGUCAACAAUCUCUACCCGUCUUUUUAACUUUUUGUUAUUUCUCUCCUCCUUCCUCCUAAAUCCAAAAACUCCUUCCCCUUUAUAUUCACCUUUUUCGAUCUGUCUGAUUCCCCAACCAGAUUUCCCACAAAAGGAAAACCCCCGCCACCAUCACCACCGAGAUGGAGAUUGUCAUACCAACGCAAUCCAUGGAUUUCGACUUCAACAGUUCGCCUCACUCCUCUGCUCCUUCAACUCCCAAACGCUUCGGCGAGUACUUUUUCAGCGCACCAACAAGUCCUUCUCGCGCGUCUGAGUUUUACAAAGAGUUCGAGCAAUUCUCCAUUUCCAUCAACGAUGCCUAUGGUGGUAGUACCGCUGGAUCUCCAUCUCCUUCUCUGCCUAAGAAAGCAGAUCAUGAGGACGACUUUGCCUUUGAUUUCAGUGAGGAAUUGGAGAGAGCUUCUCUUUCUGCAGAUGAACUUUUCGACGGCGGCAAAAUUCGGCCUAUGGAGCCUCCUCCUCCUCGCCGGCAAAUCCCUAAUUUCCCUAAAUUGCCGAUUACUCAAGGCAAGAAGAUUAUCCGCAAAGCUCUCUCACCCAAACGGAGAGGGGAUUCUGAUGAGAAAAGUCAAAACGCUAGAGGAAGAGAUAGAACUCCGGCACUAUCAUCCUCUAAUUCUGGUCGUAGAGCGACGAGAUCGCUUUCUCCUUUGAGGGUUUCUCAGUAUCCAUGGGAAGAAGAACAACAAAAUAUACAACAAAACAACGACAACAACAAGAAGCAGUUGGUGCAAUUGUCUUUGGUUUCAAAAGAAUCGCUCUCUUCUUCUGCUUCCGCUGCAUCCAAGAGUUCGAGAAAAUGGAGAUUGAGAGAUUUUCUGUUGUUUCGUAGCGCAUCAGAAGGAAGAGCGACGGAUAAAGAUCCAUUCAGAAAAUACUCGACUUCUUUUAAGAAAAAUGAAGACCUUAAAAACUCCAGCUUUCGGUCUACGGAGAGCUUUGGAUCAUCGUCAACAUCGAGUUCAAGGCGGAGAGGACCGGUUUCAGCCCACGAGCUGCACUACAACAUGAAGAGAGCGGCCGCGGAGGAUUUGAAGAAGAAGACCUAUUUGCCGUACAAGCAAAGCAUUCUCGGUCGAUUAUCUUUCAGUCCUGCUGUUAAUGCUAUUGCCAAUGGUUUUGGGUCCCUUACUCGUGCAUAAAUAAUCACCAAGUGAUUGCGAAGAAAUUUUUUAUAUUUUUAUUUUUAUUUUUUUUGUAAAGUUUUUAAGUUUAUUUGUUCUUAAAAGUCUAGACUACCAUGGAAAGGACCUAGAUUUUGGUUGAUGGUGGUGAGCUUUUCCGAGUCCCCUUCAUUCUACUCUAUAACAAACAUACAUGAUUACAUGAA